AUGGCUAAUCAUGCCCAAGUCAUCGUCAUUGGCGCCGGCCUGUCAGGUCUCACAGCUGCUUCGGAACUGCAUCGUCAAGGCAUUGAUGUCCUCGUACUCGAGGCAGCACCCAAUAUCGGCGGCCGAGUCAACUCAGCCACUACCAAACUCGGGUCCCAUCUGGAUCUCGGCGGGCAAUGGAUUGGGCACGGACAUCAUCGCAUCGCUGCUCUGGUAGACAAGGCCGGAGGUACGACAUAUCCUACGUUCUCGCGCGGCUUACCAACAAUUGUCCGUCAAGGCCGCACUGUGUCUAUCUUUUCUCCGUCGGUGCUUCUGGCGUCCGUCUAUCUCGUUUUGCUCGAGCUCGUGAGCAGGAUGUAUGUUCCGCAGAGCUGGAUCGCGGUCUCGGUUGACAAAGCGAUUGCCACAUGCGUCCCGUUGGAGAUUGCGCGACAGCUCCUUUGUCUCCUCGUUGCGGUGUCGUCGACCGCGGAAUCGGGCAUGUACUCGAUCUACAGCUUUGCUAGGUCGAUUCCGCUAUCUGGCGGGUUAUCGACCAUGUUAGGGACGCAAGGCGGCGCUCAAGACAGUUUGGUCGUGGAAUCGAUGGGUAUCACUACCUCGAUGCUAGCCAACGAACUCCCUGGGAAGAUUCUCACCGACAAGCACAUCACCAGCGUGUCGCAACACAGCGAUGAAGUGACACUGCGCACAGCGUCCGGCGAACACUUUCACGCCAGCAAAGUCAUCAUCACGAUUCCCCCGCCAAUGCUGAAAGGCAUCACCUUUGAUCCGCCGCUAUCCUCCGACCGCAUCGCGCUUCACGAAAACACCCGCAUGGGCGUCGUCUACAAAGCUCUUGCCAUCUUCGAACACCACUUCUGGCGGGACGGACCAGGCGGAGAAUUCCUCAUACUCGACGAUCCCGCAUGUGGCGUCUUCGAUUCCUCAUCACCCGGAGGCCCCGGCCACCUGUGCUUCCUCGUCGCCGGCACCCCCGCACGCCAGCUCGACCAGCUCGACGCGACGGUGCGACGCGAAAUGCUACUAUCUCGCCUUGCGCCUCAUCUCGGGCAUCAAGUCUUGAAUCCUGUGGACUGGCACGAAAAAGCGUGGCAUUUGGAUGAAUUCUGUGGUGGUGGGUAUCUAGGAUAUCCGCUUGUUGGUACCAGUGAAGGGCUGCUGCCGAUGCCUCAUGCGCCGAUUGGGAAUCUGCACUGGGCGGGAACGGAGACGGCGCAGGAGCAUCCGGGAUAUCUUGAGGGUGCUGUACAGUCGGGCGAGCGGGUCGCUUGUGAGGUUGCUCGUGCUCUUCGUGGAGAGCACGCUGGUAGUCAAGAAAAGAUGUGA